GAGUGCUGGCGUCACUCCUCCUUCAGAGGCGGUUCAGUCCCGUUACUCACUCAGCCUCUCUCUGCCCUGAGAGCGAUAACGGAGCUGGAGAAUGAGGCGAAGAAGGAAAGAGGAAAAUGCCCUCAACUUUUACUCGGAUUCUAAGGCGCCGAGUCCUAAAAUGCCUCCGCUCCUGAGAUGGUGGACUGCGCUGAUGUUCCUCUCAGGGGUGUUGUGGUGCGAGGCGGUGCAGGUGACAGUGCGGGAUGAGCGCAGGUUCGCCUUGCUUUUCCAGUCUGUGCUUCUGCCCUGCCAGUAUUCCAGCGUCUCCACUCAGGCGCCCGUGGUGCAGUGGUGGUACAAGUCCUACUGCCGGGACCGCACCCGAGAUGCCUUCAGCUUCCCUGAGAACGCGGGGCUGAGGGGCUCUGAACCGGGUGCCAUCUCCAACCUGGACUGUGCCGACAACAGUCGAACGGUUCGCAUCGUCGCCUCCGGGCAAGGAUCCUCCGUCACCCUGGCUGAGUACUACAAAGGCCGAGACAUCUCUAUCGUCAACAAAGCUGACUUACGCAUUGGAGAGCUGCAGUGGGGGGACAGUGGAGUUUACCUGUGUAAGGUGGUGAUCGCAGAUGACCUGGAAGGCCAAAACGAAGCUCAAGUGGAGCUCCUGGUUCUAGGUCAGACAAGUAUGGCUGAUGAUCUCCUGCCUGAGUUUGAUUUGGAGAUUAUGCCAGAGUGGGUGUUUGUGGGAGUUGUAGUUCUGGGCAGCAUCCUCUUCAUCCUCCUGGUGGGUGUGUGCUGGUGUCAGUGCUGUCCGCACUCGUGCUGCUGUUAUGUCCGCUGCUGCUGCUGCCCGGAAACCUGCUGCUGCCCUCGCCACUUGUAUGAAGCAGGCAAAGGUAUAAAGGUCACGCCAUCAACACCAGUAGCCAUAUACCCUCCAUACUACAUGCCAGGGGUGCCCACCAUGGUGCCCAUUGCUCCUCCUUCUCUCAUCGACCCCAAGAUAUCUGCUGCACCAUCCGUCGAGAACAGCACUUCUGCAGUGCACAGCGGGUUUCGUCUUCAGCCUACGCCGGAUCAGAAUUCAAUGAAGGUGCUGCAGUAUGUGGAAAGGGAGCUGGCGCAUUUCAACCCUUCUAAGACCCUCAGCAGUCAUGACUCUUGCAGUAUGUCAGAGCUCAGCUCCCUACAUGAAGCCGAGGCGGACUUCCGCCAGACCUUUCGGCAGGUUCAGAAGAAAGCCCUUCCAGCCAUCCCUGAUCUGGACGACCCUCCAGACCUCCUGACAAGAGAAAUCUCUCCGGUGCAUGUGCGGAGGUCUACUCGACACCCUCACCGUGGCAACCGGGGGGAGGAAGACCACCCUAGGUGGAACCCUCGUUCAGAGCACCUGCAGAGGAAGGCGUUCCAAAUAGGUGGACGAACAGGCUCCCUGGAUGAGCUUGAGGAAUUCGCCAUGACCUACAUGCAGCGAGGCCGGCAUGGGGAUUUUGUUGACAUGGAGGACGACUACCGCACACGUGCACGACAGAGGGAGCACGAUAAAGAGUGGGAACGAGAACGAGAAAGAGACCGAGAGCGAGAGCGGGAACACAAACGUGAUCGUUAUCCACACUAUAGCUCCAAACGUUAUUACCAAAAGGACAGCCCAGAAAGACCACCCAGGACAGCCCCGAGGGAGCGGCCUCGGCCUCCUAGCCCUCCUCCCUUACCUGGAAACGGUAAGAGACGAGGCACGUGGGACAGCGGCCGCCCAAUACCAUGUCGGGAUUCCGGUAAUCGGGAGCGCAAUGGGCGGGACUCCAGAGGGAGGGAUGGUGAGAGUGGGCGGGACUAUGAUGACCGGGAGCGCAGUGGGCGGGACCCCAGAGGGAGGGAUGGUGAGAGUGUGCAGGACUAUGAUGACGCUCUUCUUAACAGCCUAUUGGAGCGUAAGGCGAAAAGUGGGAAGAGCACAUCUUCAAAAUGCGGGCGGGCCGAGGAAGACUCUGACACGCCCUCCAAGAGCAGCUCGAAAAAGAGUACCCACAGCCAGUCUCCUAGCAACAGGUCACCUAGUAAUCGACCAACAGAGGAGGACGAUUCCUUGCCGCCAUACACAGAAAAGGAAAUGGAGCGUUUCCGCUGUGCUGAGAUGUCCCAGCGGCCUUUCACCUACGCUCGGCCUGCCCAGCCUCCCCAAAAAGAGCAGGAGGGCAGAGAGGAGCAGAGCAGACCCCGCAAAGUGAACACUCUUCUAAGCAGAGAUUCGCUCAUAGUCUGAGGUCUUAAAGGCGAGCAAAGCGGCUGCCGAGCAUGCCGUCACCAAGCAGGCGCCACGCGUUACUCUUCAGCAAGCAUCUACAGGCCAUCCCACCCCGCUCACUGAUCUUCACGCUUUGAUGUGCAAAUCGGUGCAAUGCUCCGAAGAUUGAAAACUGACAAAAAAUUUUUACACCAGCAUUAAAACUGGUGGAAAAAAGCUUAACCUAAUGUGGCUCAGUUCAAAGAAGCGUUACUAUGGCAUUGUUUACACUCCUCCAAGCACUUAAAUGAAGACCAGUUACUUACUUGGACUCUGUGAGCCCACCAAGAAACUCUUAACUGGAACGCCAGAGGAACAAGGGCUAAUGUUUCCAAAAGGUCAAGGAUUACCCUGUGGUGUUUCUUUUAAAUAAUGGUACCUUAGGGCCUGUUUACGUUUCUCUAACAAGCUCUAAGUUCUUCUAGUUUGUUUCAGCACAUCACAGAAGGACAAAAAUGUUGCUUACUGACCGAGGAACCUUUUGUAAAUAGACAAAGUGGGAGUUAAAGACUUUAAAUGAGCACACGGGACUAUUUUUGCUUGUUUUUUAUUAGAUAGGAAACCUGCUAACUAGCAUUAGUUAGCAGCAUUUCAAACCUACACAUCCUUUCACUACAAGUAUGAAUAUCCUGUGUUUGCAAAAUGGCUGUUUGUUCAUCUUUGCCUUCCAGAGACCCUCAAGGGUUUGAUGUCAGUAGGAGCAUAAUGGGCCUUAAGUGUGCACCAUCAGAGACUGACAGAGUGGACACUGCAGCAACAAUGAACACACGCUCUCCGUGACAUCACAUGGGGAUGAUUUCACGAGCUGCUACUCGGAGUCAAGCCUCAGUCUUUUGGUAAUCCAUUAACGUCGCUGUGUGAGAUCAGACACUGCUGACACUCGUCAAACUUCUGUAGCACCGUGAGAUUUGCAUCAUUCUUUGCCACGAAGAGGCACCUUGAUAUUAUAUGGCAAUGAACAGUGCCUUAUUUUAUGUACUGUAAUGUCUGAAGUGCUGAGUAUUUUUGUUUGUUUGUAUGUUGGAGAGCAGGGCAUAAACUAGUUGAAGAGGUUCCAGGCGAGCCCAUUUUUAGUCAUGUUCUUACGUUCUCAUGGCAGGUUUAUCUGUGAAUUGUCACAACAGUCAGAUAUUUCCUGAGAUUGACCCUGAAGACUGUACCAUAAAAGUACCUGUUUAUAUCACAUCUUUAUUACUGAAUUGUGUGUACAAUUUACAGAAUUCACACCUGAUCACUAUUUUAAUCACCCUCUUGGUGGCUAUAAUAUAGCAUUAUUUACAAGCAUGUAAACAGCUUGCAGUGAGAGCUAGUCAGGGUGAAGUACAGCAUCCGCAUGGCGGGGUUAGUUUUAACACAGUGUUAUGACUAAUGAUGUCUACACAUUGAUGCUGACGCCAUGUCGAAAUUGCAACUCAUUCAGUGUAUUUCAGUCUGACUAGAAAAUGUGCCUGUAUGCAGAGGAAAGAUGCUCUGUUGAACGUCUAAAAAGUUUAGACCACUUCAGCUUCUGCUGCCACGGAUUCUGACCUCAACCAGUAAAAACACUGCAUGGAUGGGCACAGAACUCUGAUUUGCUCGCUUAAAUACAAACCACACAAACCCCAUACCUAAUCUAGCUGGGCACGUGCCUCUAAUGUAUUUGUGUCUACCGCUUCAUUCUUUCAUUGUCUAGUGUGUAAGCACCCGUGACACCCCCAAAGUAAACGUAAACAAAAGUUCAAGUGAAAAGUGUUCACAUGCGCUCAAUAAUCCGAUCAUAAUCGGAUUUCUGCAGUUAUCUGAUUAUUCAAAU